UUUGUCUUUGUCAACAAAUGAAUGCGAAGCUCUAACAUGAAAGCCACUUCUAUUUCUUCUUCCUUAGUGUAUUUUUUAUUUUUAUUUUUUUUCAGUUUUCUGUUAUUGCAGGACGCAAGAAAUGGUAGAUGAGAAUGAAACAAGCAAGGACUUGCUACAAAAGCAUAAAGUAAAGGAGCAGAUCUUUCACUUUCUCCCAUUUUACUCCAAGAAUAUGCAGAUUCCAGCAUUCCCAGCCAAGAAAUAAAGAUUUAUUUCCUUGGAGUGCAAGAGAUGGGAAAUGAGAAUGAUAACCACUAUUUGCCACUGUAUAAAGCUGCACUACAUGGGGAUUGGAUCACUGCAAAGAGAAUUUUUGACAGUGAUUCAAAUGCUCUAACUGCUAAAAUUUUAGGCUUACAUGAGACUGCUCUUCAUGUCUCAAUCAGCGCUGGUCAUUCCAUUGAAUUUGUGCAGAAGCUUGUAGAUAGAAUGUCAGCAGAUGAACUUGGAAUAAAAAAUAAGUAUGGCGAUACUCCUCUGCACUAUGCUGGUGUAGCUGGAAACACAGCAGCUGCAAAGCUUCUGGUUAACAAAAAUCCAAAAUUGCCUCAAGAAAGAAACUCUAAUAAUGACACCCCACUUCAUCGUGCUGCUGCAUAUGCCCAUGAAGAUACAGUUCAGUAUCUUCUGUUAGUGACUGAGGAUGAAGAAGAUCCAAUUCGUUCAAGUCCUUUUACAGAUGAAGAUGGUGUCAGGCUUCUAAAUUUGCUGAUAAUUGCAGAUUUUUAUAACAUUGCUCUUAGGGUGUUGAAACGCAACCCUGGAUUAGCUCGCAAAAGAGACUAUAAUGGAUUUUCAGCUUUAGACAGAUUGGUUGAAAAGCCUCGUGCAUUCUUAAGUGGAAGUCGGCUUGGGUUUUUUCAGCGUUUUCUCUAUCAUUAUUUUGCAGUUACUUCUGCAGAUAAAGCAAGUGUCCAUCAAGGCAAAGACGUAGAAACUCCAGGUGGGAGUUUUGAUGAAUACAAAAACGAAUCCUUGCAGUUUCAAUUUCUACAGCACAUACAGAAAACAAAAGUGAUGCAUAAGCAAGCAAUGGAGCUACUCAGAUUCUUGAUUUCUGAAGCUUUAAAAGGGAGUGUUUUAGAAGCUGAUAAUCUAUUAGGACCUCCAACAAGAAUUGCUGCAAUAUUAGGCAUCCAAGAAUUCGUUACUGAGAUGAUUAGGUCCUACCCUGUCAUGGUUUGGCUAAGGAAUAUGGCUGGAGAAAACAUUUUUCUUCUUGCUGUAAAACAUCGCCAAGAAAAAAUAUUCAAUCUGCUAUAUCAAAUGGGUACCCACAAUAUUUUUGCUGCAUCAUUAGUAGAUGAUUUGGGCAACAACAUGUUGCAUUUAGCAGGGCAGCUGGAACCAUCAAUCAAGAUGUCUGGUGCUGCUCUGCAGAUGCAAAGGGAGUUGCAAUGGUUCAAGGAAGUGGAAAAAGUUGUCCAACCAUCAUACAAAGAACUGACAAACAAUGAUAGGCAAACUCCAAGGAUGGUGUUCACUGCAGAGCACAAAGAUCUAGUUGAGAAAGGUGAGAAAUGGAUGAAGGACACAGCAACAUCUUGCGCAACAGUCGCGGCCCUUGUCGUCACAGUCGUGUUUGCGGCAGCUUUCACCGUACCGGGCGGCAACAACAGCGAUGUAGGGAUACCCAUUUAUCUAAAAGAAACAUCUUUCAUGAUUUUUGCAGUAUCAGAUACCUUGGGACUAUUUUCUUCCUCAACAUCAUUGCUGAUGUUUCUGGGAAUUCUCACAUCUCGCUAUUCUGAAGAAGAUUUUCUCAGGGCCUUGCCAAUGAGAUUGAGCAUUGGACUUAUCGCAUUAUUCUUCUCAAUAGCUUCCAUGCUCACAGCAUUCACUGCAGCCUUUCACUUGGUUUUGUUUCAUAGAGUGAGAUGGAUCACAAUUCCAAUUGGCCUACUAGCUUGUGCACCUGUCACCUUAUUUGCACUUCUGCAAUUUCCUCUCUUGGUUGAAAUAGUCUCUUCAACAUUUGGGCCUAGCAUUUUUUACAAAGAAAGUGAGGAAAUAAUUUUUUAGCUCAAGAAUAUAUAUUUUUAUGUUGUGUUUCUUCUUUA